UGCCGUUUAAACACCCCACGUACGGACCACGUCUCAACAAGCUUAGUCAACUUACAUGAAAUGGUCAUCAACACUUGUUUUCAUGCGAUAUUGCAGUCAUGACAUUGUUAUAUAUACUAGCUAGUACUCUCUAUAUAGUCUUGUGCAUGUAUAUCAUCAUUUUUAUACAUCAACUAGCUAGGGUGACAUACACGUGUGUGUUCAAGGUGGCGAAUCCAAGAAACUCUGGCGGCAAUCUGGUAAGGCUUCCGAUGAGGGGCGAGGAGAGAGAAACAGAUCACGGAGGACUGGGUGGAGAUGGGAUUAAUGCAAUGUUGGAGUCACCGAUGUUUUCAAGGGAUAUUAGAGAGAGAGAGAUGGCGGCAAUGGUGUCAGCACUGACUCAUGUUGUGUCCGGUGAGGUGAGUGAAGGUGGUUUGGUUAGUGAGGGGGAUGUAAGUGGUAAUAAUGUUGCAUCAAAUGUAACUUCUUCUACUUCUCCCUCUACUUCUACUUCUACUUCUCUUUGGGGUGUUGGAGAGAAGAGAGACCGUGAAGAGGGGAGUGGUGCGCACUUCUCUCAGUCCGUUGCGAGAGUUUGUAGGGCAUAUGGUGACAUAUCACUGCAUCAUGGUUCAUCUUCUAAUUUGAUCAGAUUUACAGAAGGAUCAAGCAUUAGGACAACAGAAACUGCAUACACAUACAUUCCCACAUAUGAUUAUAGUGAAUCCUAUACAGGAGAAGAGCCAAAGAGGAGAUACAGAGGAGUGAGACAGAGACCAUGGGGAAAAUGGGCAGCUGAAAUUAGGGAUCCAGUUAAGGCUGCUAGGGUUUGGUUAGGGACAUUUGACACAGCUGAAGCAGCUGCAAGAGCCUAUGAUGAAGCAGCUCUCAGGUUCAGAGGCAAUAAGGCCAAGCUCAACUUCCCCGAAAACGUCACGCUCCGGCCAAAUUUCUCCAGUUCUCCGAUGACCCAAUUGACCAUUUCUGAUUCUCCAAAUACCCUUUUCUCGGUUUCAACAUCAACUGAGCCGAUUGUUCAUUCUCAACCAUCUUACUACUUGCAGAACCCUAAGACUUACAGAGACAACAUGAACUACUACCCUCGGUUGCUUGAGAAUUCUGGUGACCUUCAAAGACAACCCACUAUUUUGCUGGAUCAAAUGCUAUUGUCAUCUUCGAUGGCUUCUCAUUUUCAAUCUUCUUCAUCAUCUUCUUCAGUUGGAUACACUGUUUCAUCUUCAUCUUCUUCACCACCACCUAAUUUUCCCCUUUUUUCCACCUCAGCAAGGGAUGCAACUCAGGGAAGCCUCUAAUCAUAGUAGCGAUGCAGAUUUUCCGGUGCUAACAUCGUCAGAUUCUGGGUAUUAGGCAGCAUUCUUGCGGACAAUUUUAGUAUAUGCAUAUACCAAUAUGCAGAUUAUAUUGGUACAUGCAUAUAUAAAUUGGAAAUUUUUAGGACGUUACUCUAGGGCUAGGGUUAUCGUUCUUUUUUUGACCUUGCGUCGAUUCUAUGAUGCCAACCAGUUUGUUACUUUUGCAUUUGAUUAAAUUUAUGAAUAUAUAUAAUAAAUUUUCUUAGUAGGGGAAAAAUAGGCAUUUCAAAUUUUUUUAACUGCCAAUUUGCAGGGGUCAAAAUCCGCCCAAGAUAUUGUUGAGAGGGGUUAACUGCAAAUUAAGCCAAUAUUUUUACCUAUUUUCUAUGUAAAAGGACAGGGAAAAAUAAAACUAAUAAUUAAAAGAGAUUUCAAGAUUUUCUA